CCCAGUACUCUAAGUAAGGUUUAAACUCAGGUAAUAUUUAAGCAAUUUCCAGCAACUGUUAAGUUGCUUGCUGACUUCCCAGAAUGACCGAGAAGGAGGAGAAGGAAUUAAUUAAAAGACGGGCAAGUUAUAAAGGGCGGUUGACCGCUUUUAGUAAUUACUUAAAUGAUUUGGAAGAUUCGUUAAAUCCAUCGCAAGUUAAUGAAUUGCAGUUGCGAACAGGUAAGAUGGAAAAUUUAUUUACUCAAUACGACGAGGUUCAGUUACGUUUAGAGUGUUUAGUUGAUGAUAUUAAUAGUCAAUUGUCAGAACGAAAUGAAUUUGAAUCUACGUUUUAUAAACUCGUUUCAAAGGCACAAGAUUUACUUUCUCGUAAUGGUAAGUCACAUAAUGAUGAGUGUUCAAUGAGUGAUAAAAGUUCAUCUCGAAUUAGCAAUCGUCGGCUUGUUAAAUUGCCUACAAUACAACUGCCUAAGUUUUCUGGUUCAUUUGACAACUGGCUCGAGUUUCGUGACACAUUUUCAAGUUUGAUACAUGUGAAUGAAGACAUAGAUGAUAUCAAUAAAUUCCAUUAUCUUAGGGCUUCUCUCGAGGGUUCGGCUGCUGUGGUUAUUCAGUCUAUGGAAUUUUCGUCUAUUAAUUACCGUGUUGCCUGGAAAUUAUUGUGUGACAGGUUUGACAACAAACGCCUUUUGAUACAAAACCAUGUAGCAGCGUUGUUUGACAUCGAGGCUGUGCGGAAAGAAUCGUCUACUACUUUGAAACGUGUCAUUGAUACUGUCAACAAAAACUUACGAGCAUUAGAAACACUGGGUGAGCCAACGAAACAUUGGGACACAUUAUUAAUUUAUAUAGUUACGUGUAAACUUGAUCCUAAGACAUUUCGCGAGUGGGAACAAUUUAAGGGUGAUUUUGAUCAUAACAAAUCAAUAACAUUAGAGACAUUUUUAAAAUUUGUGCGUAAUCGCGCAAACUUAUUGGAAACCUUGGAAAUGUUCCAUGUUAUGUCGACUGUGCAUGCAAAACCCAACAAUAAAAUUAAAACUAUGGUGUCUAUCGCUAAUACAUUAAGUAUUAAACCUAAUUGUGGUACAGGCUCAAGUAAACCGUGUCCGAAAUGUCGAGGAGAACAAAACUUAAGUAACUGUUCACAAUUCUUAGGCCUCAGUAAUGAGGAAAGGUUAGCAUUAUUACCACAAUUAAAAGUUUGUUUUAAUUGUCUCCGCGGUGGUCAUUAUGCAAAUCAUUGCAAGUCUCCUGGUUGCAAGGCGUGCAAAAGAAAGCAUAAUACACUGGUUCAUGUCACAGACAUUAAGGCGAAGUCCACGUUACCAUCCUUAUCCCAUAAUAAUAACCGCGACAUCAUUAACGAGCCUACUGAACAAUCGUCGAGCAGUAACGUUACAUUGUCAGCGCAAGUCAAUGCGCAUGUACACAAUAAAAAUCAAGGCCUCUUAGCCACUUCAUUAAUAAAGGCAUAUGAUAAUAAUAAUUGUGAACACCUGGUUCGCGCCAUUCUAGAUACCGGCAGCACGUCUUGUCUUAUCACAGAAAAGUUAUGUAACAUUUUAAACUUACCUACUGUUGAAGUUAAUGAGUCAUUAACCGGUAUUAAUAAUUCUAAAUCCCUAAUAGGCAAAAUGUGUUGCAUUCCAAUAAAAUCAUUAAAUGAAGGCUAUGUUACUAAGAUUUCUUGUUUCAUAUUACCUUCUAUUACUGAUGACGUUCCUUGUAGUUCAUUAGACAUAAAAGAUUUAAAAAUACCAAGUGACCUGUGUUUAGCUGAUCCUCAUUUUGAUACCCCUUCCCGUGUAGAUUUAAUUAUAGGUGCAGAUAUUUUCUGGGACCUUCUGGGAACACGGAGGAUUAAUCUUGGUGUUGGGAAGCCAGUUCUAUUUGAAACUAGACUUGGUUGGAUAGUUUCAGGUUCUAUAUUAAAUAAUGAUCAGGUACCUAAUUAUUUUCCAAAAUGUAAUUUAAUUAAUGUUAAUAACUCUUCACAGAUUAACUCGAAUGCUGUUGACCUUCAAAACCUAUUAAUGCGUUUUUGGCAACUCGAGGAAGUUGGCCAUCAGUCAUCAGUAUAUUCUCGAGAAGAAAAGAUGUGUGAAGAGAACUUCGUUAAAAAUACGACACGUCUUAAGGAUGGUCGUUUUUGUGUUAGAAUACCACUAAAACAAUCACAAGAUUGUUUGGGUGACUCUCAUCACCGGGCUAAGCACUGUCUGUUGUCGUUAGAACGCAAGUUUAAAAGUCAACCCUUAUUUAAAAAACGGUAUUGUGAAUUUAUGAAGGAGUACAUCAAUCUAAACCAUAUGUCUCCGUGUUCUCCUGAUUCUCAGAGGGUCUCAUUCUUUAUACCUCACCAUGGCGUUGAGCGAGAGAGUAGUUUAACUACAAAGCUCAGGGUAGUGUUUAAUGCCAGUAGUCCCACUACUUCAGGAACAUCAUUCAAUGAUUUACAAAUGAUAGGGCCUACUGUGCAAGAUGAUUUGAUGUCUAUACUGCUCCGGUUCAGGCAAUACAAAUAUGUUGUUUGUGCGGACGUAGAAAAAAUGUACCGGCAAGUAGUUGUACAUCCGGAUGAUAGGCAUCUCCAACAAAUAUUGUGGCGUGAGAAUCCUUUGGAACCAAUGGUAGCUUAUCAAUUAAACACAGUCACAUACGGCACUGCUAGUGCGCCAUUCCUUGCUACUAGGUGUUUGCGUCAAAUAGGGCUUGACUGUACUGAUAAUAAAAUUGCUACAAUAAUUAAACACGACUUUUAUGUGGACGAUUUGCUCUCAGGUGGGGAUACAGUUGAAGAGGUCCGUGAAAUACGUCGCAAAGUUACAGUUGAACUCGCAUCAGCUGGAAUGCCAUUGCGUAAAUGGAAAUCUAACUGUGCCAGUGUUGUUACUGAUAAUAUACAGCAUUCAUCGCUUAAUUUAAACAUUGGUGCAGCUGAGCCGUGUAAAACUUUAGGUUUAAGUUGGCACACUGAAACGGAUGUCCUAUGUUUUUCAAUAAGUGAAAAUAUUUCUAACCCGUUAACAAAACGUGGUAUUCUCUCUACUGUAUCUCAGAAUUUUGAUCCAUUAGGACUUUUAGCUCCGUGCAUUAUUGUAAUGAAGACAAUGAUACAAAAAUUAUGGGUACUAAAGUUGGGAUGGGAUGAUCCGCUACCUCCAGAUAUUUUAAAAUUGUGGGUAAACAUUUUACGCAACUUGCCAAUUAUAAAUCAUUUACGAAUUCCACGUUUAGUACUGUGUGAUCUAUACGAUAGCAUAGAUCUACACAUAUUUAGUGAUGCAUCACAAGUCGCGUAUGGUGCUUGUGUGUAUGUACGUAGCUCAACUCAAGACACUAACACAUUGGUGCGUUUGCUUACAGCCAAAAGCCGUGUAGCACCUAUAAAGCCGGUGACAAUACCGAGACUAGAGCUUUGUGCGGUUUUGGUUGGAGUCCGUCUUUAUGAAAAGGUGGUUGAUUCUCUCCGCGUUCAAAUCAGAAGCGCCACCUUCUGGACUGACUCAAUGGUAGUACUAGGCUGGCUUAACGUGGUACCUUGUAAGUUGCAGCCCUUUGUUAGAAACCGUGUUGCAGAGAUCUUGGACAAGACAGGGUCAUGUUCUUGGAGGCACGUUCCGACUAAACUAAAUCCCGCUGAUCAUAUAUCCCGUGGAAUUGAUGUAAGUCUUUUACAUUCCUUAGACUUGUGGUG